ACAAGGAAGCACUCAGGUGUGUGAGUCAGUUACAGUCUUUAUGUAAAGAGGAAAGAAGAAGGAACAUUAACAUUGAUUUUGUGGUUUUCAAGAUGGAUGUCCAAGAGAACUCCCCAGGAGUUAUGGGGCUACUGAAAACUUUUGACUCGUCCGAAUUUGAGAGUUGGGAAAAGAUAGGAUCUGGUGGAUUUGGGCAAGUGUAUAAAGUUCGGCACGUACAGUGGAAAACAUGGCUGGCUAUAAAGUGCCCGCCCAGUCUUCAUGUGGAUGAAAAAGAGCGUGCCGAGCUCCUUGAAGAGGCCAAUAAGAUGGAGGCUGCAAAGUUCCGCUACAUUCUGCCAGUAUACGGCAUCUGCAGUGACCCGCAGGGCCUGGUGAUGGAGUACAUGGAGACGGGCUCUCUGGAGGCACUGCUGGCCGCUGAGCCACUGCCGUGGGUGCUGCGUUUUCGGAUUAUUCACGAGACCGCAGUUGGCAUGAACUUCCUACAUUGCAUGAACCCACCGCUGCUUCAUCUGGACCUGAAGCCUGCAAACAUAUUGCUGGAUGCCCACCACCACGUCAAAAUCUCGGACUUUGGCCUGGCCAGGUGGAACGGCUUUGCCAGGAACGAUGACAUCAGUCGUGAUGGAUUCUGUGGCACUAUUGCGUACCUGCCUCCUGAAAGGAUCAUGGAGAAGGAAAGGGUCUCUGAUACCAAGCAUGAUGUGUACAGCUUCUCGAUUGUCAUCUGGGGAAUUCUUACACAGAAAAAGCCAUACCAAGGGGAGAACAACAUUCUGCAUAUCAUGGUGAAGGUGGUGAAAGGGGUUCGCCCAGACCUGAGUGCUGUGCCCCGCAGUCGACCCCAGGCAUGCUCAGGCUUCAUAGCACUCAUGCAGAAGUGCUGGAGUGCAUCUCCUGACGCCAGGCCCAGCUUUCAGGAGAUUACAUCUGAAGCAGAGGAGCUGUGUUCCAAACCUCAUGAUGAGUCCAGGGGAUCAGUGUCCGAGCCAGACUCCUCACCCUGUACUGCUCCAACCAGCUCUGAACAGAUUAAGGAGCAGAAGCCGGUGAGGCCGAAGUCCGCCAUGUUGCCAGAGAAGGACUGCAGCCUUUCUGAGCUGCUGAGUCAGAUCGAUUCUGGGAUUUCUCGCAGCUUUGACCAUGUUAAGGAGGACUGCCUGGAGAGCAAGGACAACACCAGCAAGAGACUGUCAGGAAUCUCGUCUGUGGACUCGGCUUUCUCAUCCCAAGGCUCCAUCACACUCUCCUUUGAGAGGGAGAAUUCAGUCAAUGAGUCAAGCGAGUUACAGAAAAAGAAGCUGUGUGAAGCCAUUCGCACUGAGGACACAGCAAAACUAAUGAAGCUCCUGCAGCCACAGGAUGUUGAGCUCCGACUAGAAGGUGGCGGUGGCCUACUUCACUAUGCUGCAACACUGGGCAAUGAGGAAGCUGUGAAAUUUCUACUUCUUAACAACUGCAGUGCAAACCUGGCUGACUGGCGUGGUGCCACACCUCUGCAUGUGGCUGUGGAAAAGCAUCUCAGAGGAGUCGCUGAAAUCUUGCUAAGCCGCAAAGGAACUGAUGUCAAUGCUAAGGAUGAGGACCAGUACACAGCCCUGCAUUUUGCUGCUCAGAACGGCGACGAGGCUCUAGCACGCCUGCUUCUUGAACGACGGGCAUCAGCUGGUGAGGCAGACACACAGGGACGUACACCGGCUCACGUGGCGUGUCAGCAUGGGUGUGAAGGAGUUUUGCGUGUGCUCUUGAGUCGAGGUGCUGUUGAUGCCCAUGCCGCUGCCAAGGAUGGGUGGACACCACUGCAUCUAGCAGCCUGGCGUGGCCACUCCACCAUCUCCAAGCUGCUGGCUAAACAGGCAGGUGCUGAUGUUGAUGCGGCGACCGCAGAUGGACGCACACCGCUCCAUCUGGCGGCCCAAACAGGCCGAUACAGGGUAGCACGUGUGUUGGUAGAGCUCGGUGCCAAUGUGAAACAGACAUCCAGCCCAGACCUACGCUCGCCGCUGCAUGUUGCAGCUGAGACAGGCCACACAAGCACUGCGCGCCUGCUGCUGAAGCAUGGUGCUGAUAUCCAGGGACGCACAGCUCAGGGCUGCACUGCGUUGCACCUAGCAGCUCAGCGUGGUCACUUGGCCACAGUGAAAAUGCUCCUGGAGGAGGGUGCUGAUGUUCGGAGUGUCAACCGUGCCCUGCGUACUGCCUGCCAUCUGGCAGCUGAAGGUGGUCAUGCACAGGUGGUCACUGAGCUACUGGAGAGGUGGCCUGAAGUAGUCGCGGUGCAGGACGAGGAUGGGUUAGCGCCGUUGCAUCUAGCCUUACGGAGUGGACACAUGGACAUCACACGUCUCCUGCUGAGCCACGGAAACUCGGACGCGGAUAUUUUGCAACCUCAACCCAAGAAUGAGAACAGUAAAACGGUUGAGGGGCUCCACAGGAAAGUACUAAUCCUGAAACUCACCGAGCCAAGGGGCAGCAGCUCAACACAGGACUUAGCAGACACACAGUUGCACAUUAGAAAAGUUAGCACAGAGACCUGAGAGAUUUCAAAGUGUCUCUGAGUACCUUGAUUUAAAAAAAAUCCACAAAAUUUGGACUGUUACUUCUUCUGGAAAAAAAGACGGUUAACUACUGCAUCUUUCUGGUUUGUGUAUAUAAUGUAAUUACCUAUUGGAUAUAUUUUUACUUCUAUGGACUAUAUGGGGUCUCGACUUUUCCAGCAGUAAAAAAACAAGCAUAUUGGCAAUUACGAAAAGGAUGGUUUGUGUGUGUAUAUACACAAGCAUUGUACAUAGAAACUGGACUAUUGCUUUAGCGUGAACCUACUGUCAAGUCAUUGCUCUUUUUUUUUACACUUAUAUGUUCAUUGUUUAAGUAUUUUUGACCAUGUAAUGUAUUUGUUUUUCAUUCCUGUAUCCCCAGGCAAAUAAAAUGUAAAUUUAUACAUAUAAAAAUCUAUUGUGUUAAGAUGAAUGGCGGGCCAUUGCUUGAUGCUGGGGUCAGAUAGUGAGCACCUGUACUCUGUUACCCCGGUGCCUUCAUCCUGGGAGUGCUUUAAGGCUAUUUCAAAUUCACAAGGCUAAUUAUACCAUUUAAUACCUCUGGCCGUAUGACAGUCAGAAGAGUAUUUAGAACCACUUGGCUCCCACCAUGGGAACAGGGCCUGAGGGGGAUCACAGGUGAUGUGUGGGUGGGGAGUGUAAGUGGGGGCGGUAACUGUACAUUGUGAAUACCACCAUGUCAAGGCUGUUGGCCAAUUCCUGAGACCACCUUAUCUUUUCAUCGUUGUGUAAACGAAGAGCACCGAGCCUUACUGACGCCAAGAGGAGCAGAGCUUUCACAACCCACAAUCACUCAAAAAAAGAACUGCAGCAUGUUACUUGGUAUUCAUGACCUCCUUUUUUGUGGAGAGCCACUGAAUUUACUUACUGGUGAACUCUACAUGACAAGAGGCUUUGUGUGUGUGUGUGUCUAAAUGUUCAUGCUUAUUAUGCUUUUAAGCUUGUGUGCACAAUUUAUACAUAUAUUAGUAUUUGUAUUUGUAUAGUGAACUCCUUCAUUUGUAUUUCACCUUCAUUCAUUUGUAUUUAGAUAUUAAAACAUUUAAAUUCAUAUUUUUGUAUACAGAAUUAAAUACCUAUAGUGUUUAAACAGUUUCUUGUUUUUGU